UGCAGGAGGCAGGGAGAGUCUCGGGUUAUGGUACCUCACGUCUGUGCUCUUUUGUGGGUUGUUAGUGGCUUCCAUCCCGGAAGAGCAGCCUGGUCUCGCUAAUGGCGUGUUCUGUUUUUUCUUUCAGUUUCCCUGGUCUAGGGGGGAGGAUGGUUUUGCACAGUUGUGUAGUUGGAAGGUGCGCCCUGUUGAAACUGGUACCUUUCUUGCCUUUUUAUUAUUAUGGUCAACCUUGGAGGAGAACGCCAAGUCGUGAAUGAUGACGGUCUUGAACUGAGUUCAGCUAGGUCAGCUGCCAGGUUAUUCAUGUCCUUGGCAUCUUUUUCUAUUCCACCCCUUGGCAUUUGCAUGUUUUAGGGGUUUGUCAUCCUCCAGCCACCAAGCCUUGCAAUCUCCCAACCCCCGCCAUCCCCGCCACCGGUCCUCUUUCUGAUUUUUCUCUGGAAAGUUGUCUCCUUAGAGGAGCAUUCAUUCAUAUCUUGCUUUUUUUGUGUGUGUUGGGGCUAAUCAGGGAUUCCUAAUAAGGUUGCUCAUUUUUGUAAUCAUUGGCUCCAGAGAAGAAUCCAGGCACCAAGAGGGCGUACAUUCAAGCAUCAGUCUCCUGCACACCCCCUCAUACCUCAAGCACUUUGAAUUGCUGUCUUUUUACAGCAUGGAUACCAGGUUGCUAAAAUCUUGCUUUGGGACUUACAGUGAGUUCGGUUUUUUGGAUUUUAUGACAGAUUUACUAGUGGUUCCUUUUUACCAGUUAAUGUUCUGAAAGUUACUGUCACAAUGAGCUCAGGCCUGUGGAGCCAAGAGAAAGUUACUUCACCCUAUUGGGAAGAACGGAUUUUUUAUCUGCUUCUUCAAGAAUGCAGUGUAACAGACAAACAAACACAGAAGCUCCUGAAAGUACCCAAAGGAAGUAUAGGACAGUACAUUCAAGACCGAUCUAUGGGGCAUUCAAGAGUUACUUCUGCAAAAGGCAAGAAAAAUCAGAUUGGAUUAAAAAUCUUAGAGCAACCGCAUGCAGUUCUGUUUGUUGAUGAAAAGGAUGUUGUAGAAAUAAAUGAAAAAUUCACAGAGUUACUGUUGGCAAUUACCAACUGUGAGGAGAGGCUCAGCCUGUUUAGAAACAGAAUCCGACUAAGUAAAGGCCUCCAGGUAGACGUGGGCAGUCCUGUGAAAGUACAGCUGCGAUCUGGGGAAGAGAAGUUUCCAGGAGUUGUACGCUUCAGAGGACCUUUAUUAGCGGAGAGGACAGUGUCGGGGAUUUUCUUUGGAGUAGAAUUACUGGAAGAAGGUCGUGGUCAAGGUUUCACUGAUGGGGUUUAUCAAGGAAAGCAGCUAUUCCAGUGUGAUGAAGACUGUGGAGUGUUUGUUGCAUUGGACAAACUGGAACUUAUAGAAGAUGAUGACAAUGGAUUGGAAAGUGAUUUUGCAGGCCCAGGAGAUACAAUGCAGGCUGAACCUCCCCCUUUGGAAAUAAACUCCAGAGUUUCUUUGAAGGUUGGAGAAAGUAUAGAAUCUGGAACAGUAAUAUUCUGUGAUGUUUUACCAGGAAAAGAGAAUUUAGGAUAUUUUGUUGGUGUGGACAUGGAUAACCCUAUUGGCAACUGGGAUGGAAGGUUUGAUGGAGUACAGCUUUGUAGUUUUGCAAGCGUUGAAAGUACAAUUCUCCUGCACAUCAAUGACAUCAUCCCAGAUAGCGUGGCACAGGAAAGGAGGCCUCCCAAACUUGCCUUUAUAUCAAGAGGUGUAGGUGACAAAGGUUCAUCUAGUCAUAAUAAACCAAAGGUUACAGGAUCUACCUCAGACCCUGGAAGUAGAAACAGAUCUGAAUUAUUUUAUACUUUAAAUGGGUCAUCUGUUGACUCACAACAAUCCAAGUCCAAAAAUCCAUGGUACAUUGAUGAAGUUGCAGAAGACCCUGCAAAGUCACUUACAGAGAUGUCUUCAGACUUCGGACAUUCAUCAUCUCCACCACAACCUCCUUCCAUGAACUCCUUGUCUAGCGAGAACAGAUUUCACUCCUUACCCUUCAGCCUGACAAAGAUGCCCAAUACUAAUGGCAGCAUGGCUCAUAGUCCACUCUCUCUGUCAGUGCAGUCUGUGAUGGGAGAGCUGAACAGCACGCCUGUCCAGGAGAGUCCACCCUUACCCAUCUCUUCUGGGAAUGCACACGGGUUAGAGGUCGGCUCACUGGCUGAAGUAAAAGAGAACCCCCCGUUCUAUGGGGUUAUCCGUUGGAUUGGCCAGCCACCAGGGCUCAGUGACGUGCUAGCUGGACUGGAACUGGAAGAUGAAUGCGCAGGCUGUACAGAUGGAACUUUCAGGGGCACGCGCUAUUUCACCUGUGCCCUGAAGAAGGCACUGUUUGUGAAACUGAAGAGCUGCAGACCCGACUCUAGGUUUGCAUCCUUGCAGCCUGUUUCCAAUCAGAUUGAAAGGUGUAACUCUUUAGCAUUUGGGGGCUACUUAAGUGAAGUAGUAGAAGAAAAUACUCCACCUAAAAUGGAGAAGGAGGGUUUGGAGAUAAUGAUUGGGAAGAAGAAAGGGAUCCAGGGCCAUUACAAUUCCUGUUACUUAGACUCAACUUUAUUCUGCUUAUUUGCUUUCAGCUCUGCCCUGGACACUGUGUUACUUAGACCCAAAGAGAAGAAUGAUGUGGAGUAUUACAGCGAGACUCAGGAGCUGCUAAGGACAGAGAUAGUCAAUCCUCUGAGGAUAUAUGGAUAUGUGUGUGCCACAAAGAUUAUGAAACUGAGGAAAAUACUUGAAAAAGUGGAGGCUGCAUCAGGAUUUACCUCUGAAGAAAAAGAUCCUGAAGAAUUUCUAAAUAUUCUGUUUCAUGAUAUUUUAAGGGUUGAACCAUUGUUAAAAAUAAGGUCAGCAGGUCAAAAAGUUCAAGACUGUAACUUCUAUCAAAUUUUUAUGGAAAAAAAUGAGAAUGUUGGAGUACCCACAAUUCAGCAGUUAUUAGAAUGGUCUUUUAUCAGCAGCAACCUGAAAUUUGCAGAGGCACCAUCAUGCUUGAUUAUCCAGAUGCCUCGGUUUGGAAAAGACUUUAAACUGUUUAAAAAAAUUUUCCCUUCCCUGGAAUUAAAUAUAACAGAUUUACUUGAAGACACUCCCAGGCAGUGCCGCAUCUGUGGAGGACUUGCGAUGUAUGAGUGUAGAGAGUGCUAUGACGACCCGGACAUCUCAGCAGGGAAGAUCAAGCAGUUCUGUAAGACCUGCAGCACUCAGGUUCACCUUCAUCCCAGGAGGUUGAAUCAUACUUAUCAUCCAGUAUCACUUCCUAAAGAUUUGCCUGACUGGGACUGGAGGCAUGGCUGCAUCCCCUGUCAGAAGAUGGAGUUAUUUGCUGUUCUCUGCAUAGAAACGAGCCACUAUGUUGCUUUUGUGAAAUAUGGGAAGGAUGACUCUGCCUGGCUCUUCUUUGACAGCAUGGCUGAUCGAGAUGGUGGUCAGAAUGGCUUCAACAUUCCACAAGUGACACCUUGCCCAGAAGUGGGAGAGUACUUGAAGAUGUCCCUGGAGGACCUGCACUCUUUGGACUCCAGAAGGAUCCAAGGCUGUGCGCGCAGACUUCUUUGCGAUGCAUACAUGUGCAUGUACCAGAGCCCGACAAUGAGCUUGUACAAAUAACCAGGUCAUCUGAGGUGGGCAGGGACCAGGCACAAACCUUAGUGCUGUGUCUUCCUCCAGCUGGCGGUUCUGUCCGGCGCCCAUUGCCGGCAAUGGGUGUCUCUUGUGAUGAUGGCCCUUCAGCAAAGGAUUCCUGUGUUUCCAAACAAAUUGCUUUUGUGUUCCUGAAGUAUUUAAUAAGAAGCAUUUUGCACUCUAGGAAGUAUGUUUGUGUUGAUUUUUUAAGAAGUCUAAAUGAAGUUAUUAAUAUCUUUAAGUUAACUGCAUUGAUGAUACGAUAUUUUUGGAAGCAUACAAUUUUAAUUGUGAUGUCUAAAACCUCUUUUAGUCCAUUGAGGAUGUAAAUAAAUAUUUCUUCUUAUGGACCAAGGAUAUGAAAUCAUUUUUCUUUUGUAGCUAAUGAUUGCCUUGAGAAAGACAUAAUAUGGUUUUAUUAAGAGUCUGCCUUUAUUCCAGUUGUUGAAGGUGUGCUGAGUUUAAUUGUUAAUUUUCCUAUAUAGUGCUGAUUUCCUGCAUGUCUGUACUUUGCUGAGUUUCUGUGUUCCUGCAGCAGUGGUCAGAACAUGCUGAAAUUCGUUUUAUGGAGUUAUUUUUUUUAUUCUGGUUUUGAGAUAAAUAAGUGACUGUCAUAAAAUGUCCAUUUUUGAUGUGUUCUUGAAGGAUUAGGGUACAAAACAAGCAUCUUAGUCAUAGUAACAAUUGCUACUGAACAGAUUUUCUGUAUGGGACGAGAUGCAGUGGUUUCUGAAAUGACUGAAUGAUAAGUAAGUUAUAUAUUCUUGGAUACACACAGUCCAGAGAAAGUAAAGCUGGCUCAGAAACAGUACCAACAUUUCCCUGAAAAAAAAAAAAUGUGUUAGGUAUUUAAAACUCUCAUCUCAAAUAAAUUAUUUUAUUUUUAGCUUAAGUGAAUUUCUCUUAAUUUAAAUAAGACUGAUUUUUUUUGUUUGACCGAAGAACCUUGUACUCACUGAUGGUCAGUUUGUUGUGACUCGAUACAAUGACAACCACAUCAGCAUGUUGCUGCAAUGUCAGUGACAGCUUCAUCCUGAUUGAAGAAGGAAAAAAUGGAUGUCAUCUUAGGACUGCUUAUAGUGUAUGUAUAUACUGUGAUGGCGCUGUAGAGUGCUUGUUGUCUGAGUGUUGUUUUGUGGUAUGGCUGUCUUCUCUGAAUAAUGUCAACCUUACAGAAAAAGAAGGUGUUAUAUGUAUAGCAUAUGGCUUUAUAAAAGAUUUAAUGUCAAAGGAGUCUAUAAAUAUUGCUGUUAUUUUUAAAGGCACUUUACUCCUUGGUUUUAUUAUUCCAUUUUGCUGGUGUGUAUUAGCUUUAUAAAUCACAAUGCACAAAA